GUUUGGAGCAAGUCGUGGAGGUCCGCUUCCUCCAAAGAAAUUUGGUAAUCCAGGAGAACGUUUACGGAAGAAAAAAUGGGAUUUAAAUGAGCUGCCCAAGUUUGAGAAGAAUUUUUACGUGGAGCAUCCGGAAGUGGCCAGGCUAACUCCGUAUGAAGUUGAAGAGUUACGCAGAAAGAAAGAGAUAACAAUCCGAGGGAUGGAAGGCUGCCCCAAGCCCGUGUUUGCUUUCCACCAGUGUAGCUUUCCACAGUAUGUGAUGGAUGCUUUGAUGGACCAGAACUUCACAGAACCCACUCCAAUUCAGUGCCAAGGCUUUCCACUAGCCCUCAGUGGUCGUGAUAUGGUGGGCAUUGCACAGACUGGCUCUGGGAAGACACUGGCAUACUUGUUGCCUGCAAUUGUUCACAUCAACCACCAGCCAUAUUUGGAGAGAGGAGAUGGCCCAAUUUGUCUGGUUCUAGCACCUACUAGAGAGUUGGCCCAGCAAGUACAGCAGGUGGCUGAUGAUUAUGGCAAAUGUUCAAGGCUGAAGAGUACCUGCAUAUACGGAGGAGCACCCAAAGGUCCCCAGAUCAGGGAUCUAGAAAGAGGUGUGGAGAUCUGCAUUGCUACACCAGGUCGCUUGAUUGAUUUCCUUGAGGCAGGAAAAACCAACCUUCGUCGGUGUACAUACCUGGUGCUGGAUGAAGCAGACAGGAUGUUGGACAUGGGAUUUGAACCCCAAAUUCGUAAAAUUGUUGACCAGAUAAGGCCUGACAGACAGACCCUGAUGUGGAGUGCGACCUGGCCAAAAGAAGUGCGCCAGCUUGCCGAGGACUUCCUGCAGGACUAUGUUCAGAUCAAUGUGGGAAACUUGGAGCUGAGUGCCAACCACAAUAUCCUGCAGAUAGUGGAUGUGUGCAUGGAAAGCGAGAAAGACCAUAAACUGAUACAACUGAUGGAAGAAAUCAUGGCAGAGAAGGAAAACAAGACUAUCAUUUUUGUGGAGACAAAGAGGCGAUGUGAUGAUCUCACUCGAAGGAUGCGCAGAGAUGGUUGGCCAGCUAUGUGUAUCCAUGGAGACAAGAGUCAGCCAGAAAGAGAUUGGGUGCUUAAUGAAUUUCGUUCUGGAAAGGCUCCUAUCCUCAUUGCUACCGACGUUGCAUCUCGUGGGCUAGAUGUGGAAGAUGUUAAAUUUGUGAUAAACUACGACUAUCCGAACAGCUCUGAAGAUUACGUGCACCGUAUUGGCCGUACCGCACGUAGUACCAACAAAGGUACUGCCUACACCUUCUUCACACCAGGAAACCUGAAACAAGCCAGGGAGCUUAUCAAAGUUUUGGAAGAAGCCAAUCAAGCCAUCAAUCCAAAACUGAUGCAGCUUGUGGACCACCGAGGAGGAGGAGGUGGUGGUGGAGGAGGUCGUUCUCGUUACCGAACGAGCAGUUCAGUAAACAACCCUAACCUGAUGUACCAGGAAGAGUGUGACAGGAGGCUCCGGGGAGUGAAAGAGGGCCGGAGAGACUCAGGUGGCUUCAGAGACCGUGAGCGUGGUGAGAGUUAUGCCAACGGAGCCAACAAGACCUAUGGCAGUGCCUACGGGAGCCCAAAUUCUGCUUUUGGGGCAGCACAGAGCCAGUAUGGUUACACUCAAGGGAGCUAUGGAGCAGCUGCCUAUGGCACGAGUGGCUAUGGCACUGCAGAGUACAGUGCUAGUGGCUAUGGUGCCAGCACCACAGCUGCCACCGCUGGGAGAACCUCACAGAGCACUACCCAACAGCAGUAUGCAGGGAUGGUGGGGCGCUCGGGC